AUGUUCUUUCUUUUGUUUUUUUUUUUUCAUAUAUUCCUUCCUUUCUCCCUUCCUUCCUUCCUUCCUUCCUUCCUUUCUCCCUUCCUUUCACACUUUCUUCAUUCCUUCCUCCUUGUCUUCCUUCCUUCCUUCCACCUAUCCUUCCUUUUAGCUUUUCUUUUCUUCCUUCCUUUCUCCCUCCUACCAUUACACCCUUCCUCCUUCCCUUCUUUCCUUCUAUCCCUUUCCUGCCUUCCUUCCUUUAUCCCGCCUAACAUUACUUUCCUUCCUCCCUCCCUUCUUUCAUUCUAUCUCUUCCUUUCUACCUCCUUUCUUUCCUUCCUUUCUCCCUUCCUUUCACACUUCCUUCCUUCCUACUUUUCUUCCUUCCCUCCUUCCACCUAUCCUUCCUUUCAGCUUUCCUUCCUUUCUCCCUCCUACCCUUACUCCCUUCCUCCCUCCCUUCUUUCAUUCUAUCCUAUUUAUUUACAAUCUCUAUCCUAUCUUGCCCUAUUCAAUACAUUCGUUUUCUUCUUUCUUCUUUGUUUGUUUGUUUCUCUCUUUCUUUCUUGGCCCGUUCAAAUCUAUCUAUCCUUUUUUUCUCAGUCCAUUUUAAACAUCCUCUCUCUCUCUCUCUCUUUCUCUCUUCUCUCUCUCUCUUUUCACACACACACACACAUCACUUCUUUCGUUUUCUCGGUCCAUUCAAAUACUUUCUGUUUGUAUCUAUCUCUAUCUAGUGUCCUUCAAUUCUUUCUUUUUUUUCUUUCUUUCUUUCUCGGUACAUUCAACACUAUCUAUCUAUCUAUCUAUCUAUCUAUAGUUACUUCAGUGUACAUUAAGUAUCAUAAGCGUAGUCCCUUUCUUUCUCUUUCGUCUUUCAUGAUCUUAUCGUCACCCCCCUUCUCUUAUAUAAUUAUACAAUUAUGUAUUUCUUUACAAUCUCACACUCCCAAAUACGCCAUUGCAAAUAUUUCUAUUAGAAAGAAUUACUAUAAGUCUUCUUUUUUUCUAUCCAUAUUUCUCAUUGUCUCCUCUUCUCUUUCUCAUUCGCUCUAUCUUUCUCUAUUUCUCUGUCGUUGUCACCCAUUGUCAGUGUACUGUUUACAACUCCUUCUCCCUAUCUCUAUUUCUUUUUUCUCCACGGACUUUUGUCUCUUUCUCUGUAUUUCACCCUCUCUACCACUCUGUAAAGUCCCUUCUUUGCUCUCUCUCUCUCUCUCUCUCCUUGUCAAUCUGUAUUUUCACUAUCUAUUUUCGCUAUCUUGCUUUUCUUUCGUCUCUCUGUCACCCUCUAACAGUGUACCCAUCCUUUUCCUGCCCUCUCUGUUACACUGA